CCGGCUGGAGCCGGGGCCGCGCCGGGAGCGAGCAGCGCAGACUGGAACUGAGCUCUGGAAAAACAAGGUGGAGCUUGGAGCAUGUGGCCUGAGGAUUGCCUUACCAAGCCGGGGUGGUAGCUGAGAAGUGAGCAGGAUGCCCCCAGGCAUUUACUGCCCUACGGAAUUCUGGUCCAAGGGGGAAAACCAAAACAUCCAGGUGGACUUUCUACUGCCCACAGGCAUAUACUUAAACCUCUCUGUGUCCUGCAAUGCCAGCUUGGGCACCAUCAAGCAGGUGGUGUGGAAGCAUGCUCAGUAUGAGCCCCUCUAUCAUAUGCUCAGUGACCCCGACUCCUACGUCUUCACCUGCAUCAACCAGACCGCAGAACAGCAAGAGCUGGAGGACGAGCAGCGGCGGCUUUGUGACAUCCAGCCCUUCCUGCCUGUGCUGCGGCUCGUGGCUCGAGAAGGAGACAGAGUCAAGAAGGUUAUUAACUCCCAGAUCAGCCUGCUCAUUGGAAAAGGUCUGCAUGAGUUUGACUCUGUGCAGGAUCCAGAGGUGAACGAUUUCCGCACCAAAAUGUGCCAGUUCUGUGAGGAGAGAGCAGCAAAGCGGCAGCAGCUCAGCUGGGCAGCUUGGAUGGAGUACAACUUUCCCUUGCAGCUGGAGCCUAUGGCCAAAGGCCUUGGGACUGGCCCUCUGCAUAUCCCCACCAAGAACAUUUUUGUCAACAUCAAGUUUCAGUCUGGCGGGGAGAGCUUCACUUUCCAGAUCUCCCCAAGGGAGUUCCCCAUCACAUUGAUGAGCUGUGCUAUCAAGAAGCAGGCUACUGUCUUCCGCCAUGAGACAGUGGAGAACCCUGAGGACUAUACCCUGCAGGUCAAUGGGAAAUGUGAAUAUCUCUAUGGGAACUACCCCCUGUACCAGUUCCAGUAUAUUCGCAGCUGCCUGCACCGUGGCCUCACGCCUCACCUGACCAUGGUCCAUUCCUCCACUAUCAUUGCUAUGAGAGAUGAGCAAACCAACUGCAUUGCCAGCCCCCCAAAGAUGGUUGCCAAGCCUCCCCCACUCCCUAAGAAAAAGCCGAACUAUGGUUCCCUCUGGUCUUUGGAGCAGUCUUUUUACAUUGAGCUGGUGCAAGGCAGUAAGGUCAAUGCAGAUGAGAGAAUGAAGCUGGUGGUGCAGGCAGGUCUCUUCCAUGGCAAUGAGAUGCUGUGCAAGACAGUCUCAAGUUCUGAAGUGAAUGUAUGCUCAGAGCCAGUGUGGAGGCAGAGGCUGGAUUUUGAUAUCAACAUCUGUGACCUUCCCCGCAUGGCGCGGCUCUGCUUCGCGCUCUACGCGGUCAUCGAGAAGGCCAAGAAGGCACGGUCCACCAAGAAGAAGUCCAAGAAAGCUGACUGUCCCAUUGCCUGGGUGAAUGUCAUGCUCUUUGACUACAAGGACCAGCUGAAAACGGGGGAGUGCUGCUUGCACAUGUGGUCCUCCUUUCCAGAUGAGAAAGGGGAGCUGCUGAACCCCAUGGGCACUGUACAGUGCAACCCCAACACAGAAAGUGCAGCAGCCUUGGUCAUCUGCUUCCCCAGCGUUGCUCCACACCCUGUGUACUACCCCUCAUUUGAACAGCUGCUGGAAUUGGGGAGGAAUGGAGAACAACCCCGUGCUGCACCGGAAGAUCCUGAGGAGAAGCAGCAGCUGAAGGAGAUCCUGGAGCGCAGGAGCCACACUGAGCUGUACGAGCACGAGAAAGACCUGGUGUGGAAGAUGAGAUACGAUAUCCGUGACCAGUACCCACAAGCUUUGGCCAAGCUGCUCAUCAUCACCAAAUGGAACAAGCAUGAAGAUGUUGCCCAGAUGAUUUCCUUGCUUCAGACCUGGCCAGAGCUGCCUGUCCUGAAUGCCUUGGAGCUGCUGGAUUUUAGCUUUCCUGACCGUUACGUUGGUUCCUUUGCUAUCAACUCCCUGAAGAAGCUGACAGAUCAUGAAUUGUUCCAGUACCUGCUGCAGCUCGUCCAGGUGCUUAAAUAUGAAUCCUACUUAGACUGUGAAUUAACCAAGUUCCUGCUGGACAGGGCAUUAUCCAACCGCAAGAUUGGCCACUUCCUCUUCUGGCAUCUGAGGUCAGAAAUGCAUGUUCCUGCAGUUGCCUUGAGGUUUGGCCUGAUCCUGGAAGCAUACUGCAGAGGUAGCACCCACCAUAUGAAGGUUCUGAUGAAACAGGGAGAAGCACUCAACAAGAUGAAAGCUCUGAAUGACUUUGUUAAAGUGAGUUCUCAGAAGGCCACCAAGCCUCAAACCAAGGAGAUGAUGCAUGUGUGCAUGAAGCAAGAAACCUAUCUUGAAGCACUUUCCCACCUCCAGUCCCCCUUGAACCCCAACAUUAUCCUCGCUGAAGUCUGUGUGGACCAGUGCACCUUUAUGGACUCCAAGAUGAAACCUUUAUGGAUUGUGUUUAAUAAUGAAGAGACAGGUGGAGGUGGAGUGGGCAUUAUUUUUAAGAAUGGAGAUGAUCUUCGUCAGGACAUGCUGACUCUCCAGAUGAUCCAGUUGAUGGACAUCCUGUGGAAGCAGGAAGGCCUGGACUUGAGGAUGACCCCUUAUGGCUGCCUCUCCACAGGAGACAAGACUGGCCUGAUAGAGGUAGUGAUGCAUUCAGACACCAUUGCCAACAUCCAGCUGAACAAGAGCAACAUGGUGGCCACAGCAGCCUUCAACAAGGAUGCGCUGCUGAACUGGCUGAAGUCCAAGAACCCAGGUGAUGCCUUGGAACAAGCUAUAGAGGAGUUCACUCUCUCCUGUGCUGGGUACUGCGUGGCCACCUACGUGCUGGGGAUCGGCGACCGGCACAGCGACAACAUCAUGAUCCGGGAGACUGGCCAGCUGUUCCAUAUUGAUUUUGGUCACUUUUUGGGGAACUUCAAGACUAAAUUUGGCAUCAACAGAGAACGAGUUCCUUUCAUCUUAACCUACGACUUCGUGCACGUCAUCCAGCAAGGAAAAACCAACAACAAUGAGAAGUUUGAAAGAUUCAGGGGUUACUGUGAGAAGGCCUACAUGAUACUGCGGCGCCAUGGCCUUCUCUUCCUGCACUUGUUUGCACUGAUGAAAGCUGCUGGCCUGCCAGAACUCAGCUGCUCUAAAGACAUUCAGUAUCUAAAGGAUUCCCUAGCCCUUGGCAAAACAGAUGAGGAGGCACUGAAGCACUUCAGACUCAAGUUUAAUGAAGCCCUGCGAGAGAGCUGGAAAACCAAAGUGAACUGGCUGGCACACAACGUAUCCAAAGACAACAGGCAGUAGAGCAGCAGCCUGCACCCUGCUCCCACAGAAUGUAAAACCUGCACUGAGUCCAGCAGCUGCAGACAGGUUUGUAAAGACUGAUGAAUGUUGCUGUGCUGAAGAUCCCCCACCUGUGCUCCCAGAGAUCAGACAUUCCUGCAUGACUGAAAAAUUGUUGGCCUGUCAUCAGCUGCAUAAUCAUCUCUGCUGUAGAGCUUCGGGGACAAGGGAGACAUGAGGCAAUAAAAUUACUGCAAACAGUGAAAGGUAGGUAGGUACUGUGCCCCUGUCAAUUUGUUAGGCUUCAACUACAUCUUCUAGUGAAGAGUUCAGGCAGUUGUAACAUCCUCCCAGUGUGUUAAUGUGUAUAGUUCUAUUUUCUUGAAAAUAUAGCUGAACACUGAGAACCAACCACUCCUGUAGCUCCUGUACUAUAGCCUGUCUUCUAGGUCCCCCUCACCGCAGCCCAGAGGCAUUAACUCCACCAUGUGACUGUUCUCUUACCUUGUUUCAGUGCACACCAAGGUAGGUCAGCUUAAAUGCCCACUGAAGCCAGCCUGGACAGAUGCAUGUAGUCUACAUUGUGACGGGGUAAGAACAUCCAUACUGUCCUCUUACUGCUACAGAGGCUGAAGUGUUCUGAAACUGAACUGGAUAGUGCAGUCAAAAACCUGAUGCCUGGCUUGGGCUGCCCACUGGGUUAGGUACUUUUGUUUGCUUUCCUAUGUCAGACUGCAGCUGAGGCUCCAGCAGUUCCUGGGUUUGUUUGUUCUAAGCCUGGAAACUGCAAGAUUGGCUUCUCAAAACUGGCCUGUAGCAUUGGUUUCCACACGUCCCUCCUCCUGGGGUACAUUAGAGGCAGGGUGCCACCUGGUUUCCCUGCAGUACCUGCAUGCAGGGCCCUGGCCUACAGCUGCAUCUCUGGGAAGCAACACUGGCAGUCCAAUGUCAGUUGGGACAGAUGGUACUGGUCUGUGCCCAAGUUCUUUGGCCAGUCUGCAUUCCUGUGUGAGGAUAGAGGGGUGCCAGGUUAACACUGAGGGGUUUCAGUGGUUAACACUGAAACACUUUACAGUAAGUUGCAUCUCAAGUCUCAUCUUCUUAUGAAUCUAUUCCCUGUUCCUCUCCACUCUCUUCCUCCUUUCAACCACAGUACACAACUCCUGGCCUGUUGUUAGAGCUGGUGUGCAAAGACUGUGCCCAUGAGGGGUUCAGCCAGGGAGCAAACCCUACUCAUCUGUGCUGUUCCCUAAAUCAGGACAAACUCUCUCCUCCAGCCUCACCCCCCUCCCCAUGCUGCCUCUGCCUCCUUCCUGAGCAGAGUCUGCCCCACCUCCCACAAGGUGCUGUAUUUCUACUCGUGUCAUAUUUUUGUCUCCAGCUGGUGUCCUCACCUGGCGAGCAGUUCUGAGCACUGCAGCUGCACAGGGACAGAUGAACAGGAGCCACUGCUGCCACUCGGUGCCUCACACAGGGUAGAGCGAGGUGCACCAAGCAGGCUGCAGCCUGCAGCUCAUGCUGGAAGAUAGGUGGAGUGCUGUGGUUAGUACCUGCUUCCUUGAGCAGUUCCCUGCAGGGAUUCCUUCCAUUUUCCCCACAUCAGGUUCCUCUGAGGUGCUGUCAUUCCUCCUUUUUAAGGAAGAGCAUGGGCUAAUUUUCAAGACGCCCCUGAAGCUGGAUGCUGUGUUUGCUCAGUAAGCCUUUAACUAGACUGAGCAAGUUUCUUUUCCUCCCAGAAUGGUUUUUAAAACUCUUUUACUUACUCAGGUAGGUUAAAAAAAUCCCAAAGCAGCAGGAAGUUCAGAUCCUGUUCCUCAAGUGCCAACAGAGUUCUGCAUUGGCAAAGGAUGGGCAACUCUCAUGAAAAUUUACCUUUCAGGGCUGGUUCAAAAUUCCCACCAACCCAGCGAGUUUAGAACACAGCCUAAGUGAUUUGUUUUCAAUACAUCUUCCCUGUCCUGGGAUACAUUUGAUAGGAAUUUGGCAUCCAGCACACCUUACACCUGACUUCUCCACCUCAACAGGACACAACAGUACUUUCUGGUGAGGAUGGCAGAACACUGGAGCAGGCUGCCCAGGGAGGCUGUGGAGGGAGAUACUCAAAACCCACCUCGAUGCCCUCCUGUGCAGCCUGCCACAGGGUGACCCUGCCCUGUGCUGGCUGUUUAAAUCCACCAGUUCAGAGGACAAGUUCAAAUUCUUUUGUUGUUCACAACUAAGCUAACACUGCCCUCAGAAAGUAACUUCCACCCUAUGUAGAAAUGAAGAGCAGUUAGUACUGGGUUUGCUCAGUGAAGGGAAUAUGAAACACCUUUAAAAACCACCUUCCCUUGCCCCCUUUACAAACAGAACCUCAACCCUAAGUAGAGUUUCUUUUCAUCACACUUCUUAUGAAGUC